AUGACAGCCGUGUUCGAUCCCUACUCUUACGCCAACAAGGCUCCAAUAGACUGGCUAGAAAGGGACUAUGAAGAUACCGAGAAGGCGCUUGUCAGAUGGACCGAGCUCUGUGUCGCCAAUCCCAACAAGUGCAGUCUCGCCGCAAAAGCAAACAAUACUGCGGAAGGCGUUCACAAGCUAGUUAAAAAUGUCUUGGAGACGGCGUACCGAAACUAUGAUGGGACGGUAUGGGACGCCCUUAUGCCAGGUUUAUACGACCCGGAUUAUAGGGGGCUGAGUAGCUACACUAUCGACGCCAUCAUGAAAGAACAAGCCGCUAUCAACGGGACUUCGACUCUUCAAAGCCGGUCCUUGGAUUUCAUCCAUCAUAUCAAGAGGGCCUUGCCCUAUGCAGCUGCUUCCGAGCCGAACUUGAACCCGCCAACAGAGCUGAACAUGCUAGUCCAUGCGAUUGCUUGCGGGGAUUCAAUCGACGCUCCAGGCAAGACUACAAAGCAGUUGUUCGAGAAAAUCGUCAAGACUUCUCAAACUGCGUCUCCUAUUUUCGCCCCCGGCGCCACCCGAGCUGGUCUUCGGAUGUUUUGUCAUCGAUGGACUUCGAGGGCGGUCGAAAGGUUGCCUAAAAGGAUGAACAUCAAGCCGAAGAAUGUGGUGUUGGUGAUUGGGAAUACGGCGGAUCCACACCUGUACGUGUUCUCCGUUGAUCAUCAGGCUUGUUUGCUAACAAAUCUUCUCUCAGUGCCGAGAAGAUCUACUUGUGUGGAUGACAUAAUAAGAAAAUAUGCAAAUGGGAAACCACCGAAAGAUGCCAGGAAUGACGAAGCAGACGUGGAGUGCAACCCAGACGACGAACCUUUUGACAUUCCUCGAGCCUUGGACAGAUCUACGAUAUUCCUAUCACCUCAUUCAAGCGGUUUUGAAGACAUCCUGAACCACGUGGGAUAUGAUCACACUGUAUCCCCAAUGGCCAAUGCCAUCGCAGUCAAUAGCCCGGCCAAAGGAUACUCUCGAAAAUGGUAUAAGUGA